UUUUUGACUGUCUUUUCCCUAAAUGUAAGGAUAACUUUCUAGGUUUGCAUUGCACUAGAGCAAUGUUGUUUAAAAAUCUUUGAAAUGCUUUGACAUUUACUAGCAAAGCUGACAUACCAGAAGAUUUCAGGGAGUUUAUCCAAGCAGGUGCCUGAAUUGAAUAUACUCCAUCUCAUUUUGAUUAAAAAAAUGGCCUUUUCUUGCUGCUUCACCUGUUGCCCCUUGAUCGCACAGCCUUCAGGAGAGAGGGAACCUCUGAAUCCUCAGCACUCAAGAAAAUGUCAAAGGAUCACAAAUGUUAAUUUCACCAAGGGGACACCCCUUAUCAUGAAACGAGUCAAUGUGCCUGAACUUGAUGCACUGUUCAAUAGCAUUGCCGAGACCUUCAAUAAGCAACAAGAUCAUUGCUUGUCUCUCCGAGAAGCUAUACAGAUCUUAAGGAACUCCUAUGACUGUUCACCCAUAAGCAGCCUUUCUGUUUGCAUGGAGAAGAUCUCGCAGGAACAUAGUGCUUACAAUGUCCAGGUGUGUAUGGAAGGAUACAGGUUUUGGCUAGAUGUGGGAGUGGAGGAAGUCCCUCAGAAACUGAAGCAGACUCAGCAGCAGGUGGAGAAAUUGAAUUCUGCUACCAAAGGAAUAGUUAGUACAACAAUAGAGGAGAUGAUUUACUCAGUUCACCAGUGCCAGGACAGUUUGAUGGAGAAAGUGAAAGACUCAUCACCUGAGUACCUAGACUGGAUACGUUUAGAAAGCAACCUGAAAGAAAACAUUGAAAAGGUAAAUCAAGCACAGGAGUAUUCAGAGGAGUAUAGAGAAGAAGCCAAUUAUGUGCUGUUGAAUAUGGCAAAAUCAGCAGAUGUGACAUUGUAAAGCAGUGGUUCCCAACCUUUUUUUUGGCCAUGCCCCACCUAAGCAUUUCUAAAAUCCUGAUGCCCCACCCCCCGACAUAUAAUUCUUACUAUUCAAAAAGUGAACUCCUACUCAUGCAGAGGAAUCCUAAAAGGCCAUUAACUUGGUUUAAACAAGGUUCCAAAGAACAUGGCAUCCAUGAAAGAGAAAAAUAAAAGAACGAAAGACAGUAGAAGUACUGAGGAACUUAAUAAAUAAUAGUAUGAAGGGAUAUGAAAAAACAGCAAGUAAAGUUUCAAAACAUAAUAGAGAACUGAAAUGCAUAAAUAUAAUAUUAAUGAAAGCUUUUUCUGUAAUACUUUGAUCAUAUUAAUUACUAUACAUAUACAUAUUAAAAUAAAGGUACCUAACAAAUUCAAAAUACAAUUUGAGCUCACCUCAAGAUCAUAUUUACAAUGCAAUCCUAUGCAUGUCUACUCAGAAGUAAGUACCAUUGUCUUCAAUGGAGCUUACUCCCAGGAAAAUGUUGUAGGAUUGCAGCUUUAGUCUACUUAAGUUAGUGAGAUCCUUGUGCUUGAUGGCUGCUGCAGAGAGAUUUUAUAUUGGUUCUGGGAGGGGGGAGAAAUUGUCCCCCUCAGAACAGGUUCACAAUUUGGGUGUCCUCCUAGACUCACAGCUAAGAUUAGAGCAACAUCUGACAGCUGUGGCUAGGGGGACCUUUGCACAGGUUCGCCUGGUGCACCAAUUGCGACCCUACUUGGAUCGGGAGGCUCUCCUCACAGUCACUCAUGCCCUUGUCACCUCACGGUUGGAUUAUUGCAACACGCUCUACAUGGGGCUACCCUUGAAAAGUGUUCGGAGACUACAGUUGGUCCAGAACGCAGCCGUGCGAGCUGUCGUGGGUGCACCUAGGUACACCCACAUUACACCAAUUCACCGCGAGCUGCACUGGCUCCCUAUUGGUCUCCAGUCACAAUUCAAGGUGUUGGUUAUUACCUUUAAAGCCCUACAUGGCUCAGGGCCAGGGUAUCUUCGAGACUGCCUUCUACCACAUAACUCCCAACGACUGGUAAGAUCCCACAGAGUUGGUCUCCUCCGGGUCCUGUCAGCUAAACAAUGCCGACUGGCGGGCCCGCGGGGGAGGGCCUUCUCUGUGGCUGCCCCAGCUCUCUGGAACAAGUUACCUCCUGAGGUCCGGACCAUCCCCACCCUAUUGGCCUUCUGAAAAGCGGUGAAGACCUGGCUUUUCCGGCAGGCCUGGGGCCGUUGAUCUCACUCUUGCGAUCCGGCGAGAUCCGUCCAUGAAUGGUGUGAAUGAGUUUUAAUGUUUUUAAUGUUUUUAAUUUUAAAAUGUUUUUUAUAAUGAUUUUUUAAAAUGCAUUGUGAGCCGCCCUGAGUCUUCGGAGAGUGGCAGCAUACAAAUUGAAUUAAUAAAUAAUAAAUAAAUAAAUAUUAAGCUCCAAUUUAGUCAGCUUCAUUCUCAAGUCUCCUCGUUCAGUGAUAUCCAGUCGAUUUCUUUUCUUCAGUAGCAAAUCAUUUACAGCACUAAAGCCACAUUCAGCUAAAUAUGAAGAUGGGAAUGGUAACAGCAGUUUUCUUGCAAAGUAGGUUGAAUUUGGGUAUUUAGUUUCUGUCUCAUCACAAAGCCAUGCCUUUCAUGCAUAGGGUUUGUGACUAAAAGGAAUAAAUGUGAGAAAAACUUAUAAAAUGAUGCAAAUUAUUAAAAGAAAUAACUAUUAAAAGAUGGCACAGAAAGAGGGAAAUUUUCAAAACAUUCUUAGCUUAAUUUAUUAAAGAAAGGGGGGAUGUAACCUAUGACCCCCCUACUCGCCCACUCGGUUUGAACCUGCAGCUUAGUGGGGAAAUGCUUUGGUAGUUCAGUAGGUGGAAGUGAAUCAUGCAAGCCUGGCAAAGCUUACGCAUGCGUGGCCCAGCCCCAGAUUGCUCUGAGGGGAAAAGUCUCGUAAAACAUGGCCUGAGAAAACACAGACUAAAAAUAACUGUACUUCUAAUAAUUUCUUACUUAAACUUGGGUCCUGGUUCUGUAUUCUCACUGCUGGGCUUCCCCCAGCAGCCAUCCACUCUGUCUCCCCACAGAGCACCUCUCCCUGCAACCACCCAGCAGCAAAGCCCACAGGAAAGAGAGAGAGAGAGAUUCUGCCAGUCCCAUGAUCCUUGGGACACAUCUGAUUGACUGGCAGUUGCUCCUUCCUCCCCUCAGCUGGGAUAUCCUUUUCAGACCAGGCCCUAGGAAAUGCACUUUAACAAAGACAACAAUAGAUAAAUGAAACACAGCUGUUUUAUCACAAAACAUAUAAGAACAAUUAGCGGGCUUUCAAAAAUUCAGUUAAUAGUUCAUAUUCGAAUUGCUCCCAUUAAAAAUCAAAUUGCCCCCCUGUGGGGCAUGGGCCCACAUUGGGAACCAUUGCUGUAAAGAGAACGAGCAAGUUGCAUUCUGUUUUUCUUAUCUGAAAGCUUCAUCAAGUUGCAACAGAAAACCCCAUUGCUACAUGAGCUAUUUUAAAUUUAGAUGUUAGAAUAUACCCUGAAAUGUCUUAUAGAAAUGGCAUAUGCCCAUGGUCUCCAGAAAAUCUUAAAUGUUUUCUGAACAUAAAUCUUAAAUAUUCAGUAAAUGACAAAAAUUAACUAGCAAAUUGGCUCUGGGUAGAGGUUGCUUUUGUUAUGACAUCUGUCUUUAGCAAAAGAUAGGGCUCCUUAAAUGCUGUCAUUCUAAAGAUAGUUCUACUUGUAAAGGAAAAAGAGAUUAUAAAUAAUAAUGAAGCUGGUUCAUAAAGACUUCUGGAGUUUAAAAAGUUUGUAUUUCUACAGAAUGGACAGGGACCUUCUAGAAUACACAGAGGCGUUCACAUCACAAAGUUUCUAAUCCAAUCAAGCUAUUCAAAGCAUAGAGCACUUCACACCUGUUUUUAGCUUAAGGGGAACAUCUUCUCUGGAAUUAUAAACCAAUUUCUUUAUUGAACAAUGAUUUGUAAAAUGUUUUCAUCCGUUUUGGCAGAAAACCCAAAAUGUACUUAGAGGAGUUCAUUCAUAAAGAUCAAUGUUAAUUUUCUAUUUGAAAGAUAAUUUUUUAAAAAUGUCAGAACUGCGCUGGAUGUAACAAAGUGACUACCAACAAUGUAAUGGAAAACAAGCUGACCUGAUAUUCUUAGGCUAAGAAAGCCUUUGAUAAUUUGUACUGGCCCUUUUUGUUUAAAGUUUUGGAAGAUGUAUAAUUUGAUAAGAACUUUAUUCAAGGAACUAAGUUGACAUAUACAUCUCAAAAGGCUUGAAUUAUAGUUAAUGGUGAUUUGAUUUUUAAAAAUUGCAAUUUUUUUGGCUUAAAUAUUAUAUACAGUUGAAUCAAUAGAAAUGUAUGGUACAUGGAAGAAAGGAUUGAAAUUUACAUUGAAUUAUAACCUUAAAAGAGAAUUUUUGUAAAAUGAUAUAUUGCUGGUAAUUCAUAAACUGUCAAAAACAUACAAGGAAUUUUCAAAUAUUUGUUGGAAAUGUAAUCAAACAGAGCAUUUUCUUCUUCUUUGGUGAACAUGCACGAAAGUUAGAAAAUAUUGGAGAAGGAAAAUUUGCCAUCAGAAGAAGAUUUAAUUAGAAAAAUUUUAGAAUGCGCAGAGAUGGACAAAUUAACAAAAAAACUCAAGGAGAAAGAGGAUAUAGAAUAUUACAAAGUAUGGUGUAGAUAGUAUGAAUGGUUGGAGAAUAGGAAAAAUGAGAAAGAGGAAUAAAGGAGAGGGGGGGAAAUGUUGAAGAUCAAGUUACAAUGUAGACAAAAUAAAGAAAGAUGGAAAAUAAUUGUUGAAUAAGACAAAGUUAAAAUAUGUGUAAAUAGAUGUAAAUAGCAAGAAAGGAUCACUUCGAAAUAGCUGUAGGAAAAAGUGAUAUGUAUAUAAAUGUUGUGUGUUUGUGUCUUGUUUUAAUGUAUUCAAAAUAAAAAACUUUUUUAAAAAAAAGAAAGUUAGAAAAUAUUGGGAUCAAGUAUGCAUUCUGAUUCAGAAGAUUUUAAAAGUGAAUGUACAAUUGAAACCAGAGAUCUUUCUUUUGGAUUUAAUGAACAAACAAGUGGAAACACCUUAGAGAACUUUGCUUUCAUAUAUGAAAAGAGCAACAAAAUAUUUAUAUGCACAAAGGUAGAAGGAUUUAGAAUUACCUAUAAUGGAAGAAUGGAUGGUGAAGCAGAUGGAAUUUUUUUUUUUUUUUUGGACCUUAAUGCAGAAAACUUGGAAGACCAAUGUGAUUCAUUUUUUUUUUUUUUACAUAUUUGCACUUGGUGUUGCAUAGGAUUUUAUUAAUUCAGGAUCAGUAUUGGAAAUUAAUUCUAAUACAGAGGUAAUAUAAUCCAACUACAAUGAAUGUUGAUAUUUUAUCUUGUUCUAAAAUAAUAGUCCAUUUGUUGAUGCCUUUUUAUUUUACCAAUAAAAAGGUAUUUUAUUCUGCUUUAUUCUGAAAA